UUCGCGUUGAUGUUGGAAAAAAGAAAUAUAAAAAAAAGGGGUCACAUCCGAAAUAUUAAAAUCCCUUUCCCACGCGACGGUUUCCUAAUUGACAUAAUUUGGUUCUGAUGAUAAUCAAAUUCUUCACCAUCUGGAAGUGAAAACCCUAGAGAUUAGAUAGAUGGAUCUCCUAAAGCAAGAACUCCUCAAAAAACGCCAAUCCCUAGCACAAGACACCGGCGGUAAACGAGUCUUCAAGCGUUCCGAAAUCCAGCAAAAAGAAAUUCAGAAACUCCGCGAACAAGAAAAACAAGAACUCGAAGCCAAAGCCAAGCGCCAAUCCUCCUCCACCGAAACCGCAACCACAACAACCUCCACCUCAUCAACAGCCAAUACUCCAUCAACCACCACCACUACCACCACCUCCGCCGCCGCCACCACAUCAAAAUCUCUAACCAAUGAACAAAAUAUCGAUAACCUAAUCCUUCCCAAACAAGAAGUAAUCCGGCGCCUCCGGUUCCUAAAACAGCCGAUUACUCUCUUCGGCGAAGACGACGAUGCUCGUCUUGAUCGGUUAAAACAUGUUUUAAAAGCUGGAAUUUUUGAAGUGGAUAGUGAUAUGACUGAAGGGCAGACGAAUGAUUUUCUGCGUGAUAUUGCGGAGUUAAGGAAGCGGCAGAAGAGUGGAAUCGUGAGCGAAAGGAAGAGAAAAGAUAGGGAGGAAGGCGCAGGAGAGGAUGGCGAGGGAGGGGAAGGUGAGAGAGAGAUGAGUGGUGAUGGUGAUUCCAGUGGUGGUGUGGAUGCUGAUAAGGAUUUGAAAAGAAUGAAGGCCAACUUCGAAGAGUUGUGUGAUGAGGAUAAGAUUUUGGUGUUCUUUAAAAGGUUGUUGAUUGAAUGGAAACAGGAAUUGGAUGAGAUGGCUGAAGCUGAGAAGAGGACUGCUAAAGGGAAGUCAAUGGUUGCUACUUUUAAACAGUGUGCUAGGUAUUUGCAUCCUUUGUUCAAGUUUUGCAGGAAGAAGGUUCUUCCUGAUGAUAUUCGCCAAGCCUUGCUAGUGGUGGUUGAGUGCUGCAUGAAGAGAGACUACCUUGCUGCCAUGGAUCAUUAUAUUAAGCUGGCAAUUGGUAAUGCACCAUGGCCAAUUGGUGUCACUAUGGUUGGUAUUCAUGAACGUUCAGCUCGUGAGAAGAUUUAUACCAAUAGUGUGGCCCACAUUAUGAAUGAUGAGACCACGCGCAAAUAUUUACAGUCUGUCAAGAGGUUGAUGACCUUUUGCCAACGGCGCUAUCCUACUAUGCCAUCUAAAGCUGUGGAGUUCAAUAGCCUGGCAAAUGGUAGUGAUUUACAGUCUUUACUGGCAGAAGAGAGGGUUCAUAGCGGUAAUCAGCCUUCUGAGGGAAGACUUCAGCUAAUGGCUGGUCCAGAAGAGAAUUAGGUAUAACGUUGGAAGUUGUAUAAUGAUGUUCGUUUCUGUACCAUUUUCUUAGUGCCAUUACUUUGAUGCCCUGUUGCUUGCACUGAUAAAUUUACUGUUGGACCCUUAUGUUAUAUUUAUCAAUUUGUUCUUGGCAAGGCUGAAACAUUUGCUGGAAGUGAAUAUCAAGAAUUAGGGAAAAAAAAAUUGGAGUAAA